GGGGCUCGUCCGGAGCAGUGGAGGUCACAUCCCCGUGUGCAGAUACGGUAGGGCCGCCCGGCCUCCCUCGCUGCUGCUGGUUACGGGCUGCUGGGGCGCAGCGUCUCCCUUGGACCUUGUAGUCUGUUCGGUAGCUUCUGGCUGGGAAACGAGGCCGGCAGUGCUGCUGUUACGAGGCGUCCUGCCUCGGUUCUGUACGUUCGGGUGCGCCUGGCUGCGCUGGGGCUGCGUUGGGGCUGCCCUGUGCCCGCUGCAGGCGGCCGGCCGUGUGCCCCUUUUCCAGGUGUGCAUAUGGGGGCCGUGCAGCAGAGCGGGGCUGCUGGGGGGCAGUUCCAUCGCUGGCCCGAGGGAGCCCCGCGGGACGCUCCGACAGGGGGUGUGUGCUGUCUGGGCCGUGGACCGUCCCCAGGUUUGGAAGCAACUGUGGUGCAGGUGAGGGACGUGACAGCUGGCUGUCAGCCUUUCCUGUGGUUGCCUCCAGGGCAGAGCUUGGCUAGGAGUGAUACUGUUACGCUGGUAUGGACGUGGAGUAAGUGUUGGAGGAGUUCUUGGGGUUAGAUGUGGGUGAAGUUAGAGGUGCUCAACAAGGUGAGGUCCCGGGCAUCUGCACGCUGUGUUACCCGGCCAUAUCUUUUUCCUUACCGUGUGACAAGUGGUUUUGCUCCUCAGAAGUCAUCUAGCUGUAGGUGGCCCUGUUCAUUGCGGGACUCGCAUCUGCACCUUUAAGGGUCUCCUCCAACUCAAACGAUUUGUGAUUAUUUUUUUAAUUCGAUGUGGGAGCUCAACUUAAGCCUUGUUUGUUCCACAUCUGCUUACCUGGCCCUUCAGCAAUGAGGGCUCACUCAGUCUCAGUCCGCAUUCCUUUGAAGGCAGCGUUGGAUCUUUAACCUUCUGAUUCUAAAACGGGUAAAAUAUAAAAUUGGUUCAUUGUGUGUUGGUACUGAAUGACAGAAGAAUCCCUGGCAGCCUGAGCUGGGUGCCGCUGCUUUCAUGCUGGGCUCGUUUCCCCACCAUAGUGAGGGUGGUGUGGGGCUGACACCGGGACGAACUGAAGGCUUACAGCAUUCACUACGUGUCCACAGCUCUGUGGGUGUCCUCCUGGAGGCACUUCUGGUUGGCAGCAGGUAGGGCUGUCUGGGGGAUAGAGUCGGCCUUAAUGGGUUUUUCAUUGUAAUGGUGGCAUCGCUGAGCCUGGGGCUGGGGGUGCUGGGAGGUGCUGCGGUGGUGCCUGCGGGCACUGGGAGAAGCCGCACUGAGCCCAUCUCUGUCCUUGCCUCCAGCCUGGAGCAUCGCUGAGGCCUGUGACGUAAGUGCCUGUGGGGGAGGAGGAAUUGAGGGCAGCAGCUGGAAAAGCCUGUCCUCACUCCUCAGGGAUCUGCCUGAGGGGAGAGGAAGCCCCGCUAGGGGGAAGGCCCUGCUGGGGAAGGAGCAGGGCUGGCUGGGGGUGCUGGUGGUGGUGUGUGGCAGCCCCGGGCACUGCCCCUGCCCUCCUGCCCUUGUGUUGUGUGGAAACUGAUGGGAGUUCCUUGUAGGUGUGAGUGCAGUAUCAGGUGUCAGGCGUUCGUGUCGUUUGAGAAUAGGAGGCUUGAGGGGGGAAAAAACCCUAUCCUUUGUUUUUGUAAGGAACCUUGUGCAGCGUAUGAGAAGUGGUUAGUUAGUGUCACUGUUAAACUCAGAUAUACCUCUGGAAUGUGAAGCCUCGUCUGUCCGUAACGCUGUAUAUAUUCAGCGUCUUCAUAGCUUGAUGUUUCAGUGUUCACUCUUCAGUACAAAGACUUUUCAGCUCAGGAGGGACAUAAACUGUUCAACCUCCAAAAUAAUGACCUGUUGGAAAACGAACCACGACCUCAUUUCACACUGUGCUGCUGUGAAAGUUCAUAGUUCAGUUUUAACUCAGUCACCACCUCUCCUGUUCUUGCAGACAGGAGACUGCUUUGUGUGUGACGUAUGGCUCCAUUAAAAGUUUUAUGAUGAUUGCCUUUUUGUUUAAGAAGUCAAAGAUCAUGUUUCCCGAUGGUUUGUUUCCUAAAGGCCAGGAAAAUGAAUGCUAUUUAGCAAUGCAUGAGCACCUCGCUGGAUUUUCCUGGUUUAAGGUAGGCAGUGGCUGCUCCAGGUCCUUCUCAGCCUGGUAUUUGUCAGGCUAAUUGGUCAGGGUUACUCUCAGGGUUCCCAAAUCCCAGGCUGGUAGUAAGAAGCUGCAGUGCUAUAUGCACAGUCUGCCAUCCUGAGCUGCGGUCUCUCUUCUCCACACCUGACUGUGUCCGGCCCAAAUGAAUCGUACCGCUUUCCAGCUUUAUUCUGCAACGUCACAACGUUGGGCAAUGCCAGGAUUUAUGAGUUUUGGUCUUCAGAGUCUCAGAAAAAUGCAAGUUUUCUCCUGUCACCUCGUGGUCACUGUCAGUCAUGUGGGUGGGGGGGACACAAGGCAAAGAAGCGGAGCGUUUUCCUUGUAGGUCAGAAUUCAUUAAUACAAUGGCAGUUUAGUGGGGAACUCAGCUGGAAAUGAGUUAGUGCUGCUUUGUGUUACGACACACAAAAAGAUGAACAAGUCUUUGAAGCCACUUCAGGCUUCAUAAAUAUUAGCAGUCUCUGCAGUCUUUGCGGAGAGUAGGCACUAGAUUUUUUUUUUCCUUCUCCUUAAUGUACAAUUUCUCUUGUAUAGUAAAUCGCCUUGGCUAAAGGGUAGCGUUCAGCUGCAAAUUAAAACUACAUUAUCUCUAGUUAGGAGCUUUCUUGGUCUUUUCCCCCUCCUCUCUUUGACACCCAAUCCUUUCUUCUGAUGUACUCUCUGGCAGUAAUAGAUUUAAUUCCCUGACUUAGGAGACCAGGCCUUCAGAGGUGCAUAAAUGACUGCAGAUGCAGUUAUGUGCUUCUGAGAGGGGCAGAAGGUGAAGGCUCCUGACCUGCUCUGCUGGUUGCUUGUGAAAAAUUAUUUCUAUUUGAAUCUUGGGUCACCGUGUGUCUUUAACAUUUGCUCAUGUUAAUGAGGGGAAAAAACUACUGGCUUUGAUGGACGAUGGUUUUUGUAAAUGUGCUCGGAGAAUACUUAGGGUUGUCUGGUUUGCUUUUAGUUUGAAAGCUGUGUCUGCAUCUCAACGGAAACUGGAGUUCAGCUGAGAUGAGCUGCUUACAGCUCGGAGUUACUGCAGCCAUUCCCUGCCAAGGUCUGUUGAGAACAUGUCACCUGUUCUAGAGAGAUGUGUUAUCCAGAGUGCAUCACACUUAGCAUCAAGCUUGUUCUAUUGGUGCCUUGACGGAAACAAACCGAUCUUUUAUUUCCUAGUAUACUCUAAAAAUAAGCAACUUUUAAAGUAAAUUUUCUGUCUUGCUUUUCCUUCCUGGGGUGCAGGUCCUGGAGGUCACUGUAAGUCAUUGGUGCUGCAGCUGUUCUGCAGGAGCUGAUGUUUUGGUUACAAACCCCAGACACUGCAGCCCUCUCUUCCUGAUCCCAUCGAUGCAGGUGUUGACACAUCUUUUGACCCGUGAUUAAGGGAUUUGUGACCAGGUUUGUGGGAUGCACGUGCCCAGGAAGCAUAAUCAUUAGAUGCUGCAUCAUAUAGAUGCGUGUGUUCCUUGGGAUGUGCGCGUGCAGACUUCUGUCUCAAACUUAACUCAGUUUUGAGUGAGUUCUUGCUGCUGUUUGGGCACAUUGUUGCUGUGCACUGCCCUGGCUCGGCAGCAGCCACCUCACACAGGGCUCUUCCCUCCAUCCGGGCUCUUCUGUCUGCUCAGUGCAUAUUCUCAAGAUUCCUUUGUGAUGUGCGUGAAGGUGAACAUCUGCCGUAGAAACUAAAGUAAAUGGGGUGAGGUUCAGAUGUUUCUUAUGCUGCCACAUCUGUUUUGUGUGCUUAUGUGAGGAACUCUGUGGUCCGUGUUAAAUUUAUAAUGAGGAUUUUAUUUUUAGGUCAACGCUCCAGGUGCAGAGUAAAGCUGUUAGUGGAAUGUUGACGGCCAGGUAGCACUGCUGUCAGCUGGGAGGGAGGGAGGAGGACAAGAAAAAGGGAUAAAGCAUGAAAUACCUCUUUAUCCUUGGGAUACUCAUCGAGCUCUGAGGGAGAAUGCACUUUUGUUUCUUGAGUGUUGAGUGUCUCCUCCCAUCUAUCUCUAUGUAGUUGGCCAAGUUGUGGUGGAUUUCUUUUUAUGCAGGGAAAGUAGUUAGCAGUUGCUUGCCUUCUCCACGUUGAAAUGCAGUGGUUGGUAAAUGCAUUUAAAAUUUCCAAAGUACCCCCCUGUAAAUAACUGCUUAAUGUGAGAGGUCUGUACUUAUCUUAAUUAAAGAGAACAAAGCCAUGUGCUUUGUGGUGGCCUGACGUAUACAAUCAGUGCCUGAAUUCUGUUAUUUUCCACCACUGUAGCUGCCUUAUCAGAGCUCGUGGUAGGACUGUCAGUGACUUUUAUUAGUAGCUUGCAUUACUAAUGCUUGGCUCUUUUACCAUCUCAUAGAAGCCAGCUGUUCCUUCAAUAUUCAUGUGCAUACUCAGGUGCAAAGUUACUUAUAUGUAGAAUGCUGGAGAUUCACAGGCUUGGAAAUGAACCAGUUCUGAAAAUUAAUAUCGGAGCUUUGAAUGAAGGAUCCACAAGUUAUCCUCAGAUGCUCAGAGCAGGGUUUAUUCCAUAACUUGAAGUUUACCAUGAACUUGAAUGUUGAAAGUUAGACGUAACAGAACAUCUUAAAUAUAACAUGAGCAAGAGUUUUAGCUCUGAAGCUGUCUGCAGAAGUCCUUCUGUCUCACACUGCUGAUGUUACUGACUGAAGGGUUUCUCUAUUUACUCUCUCUGGAUCUCAUUUGUGCCCAUGUGCGUGCCCAGUAACUGCAUUUCAAAAUAACCUGCUGCACUUUUCAAGGUUAACAGCAUUCUGUCACGCUGGGUGAAAUGUGGCAGUGCUGCACGGAGACACGUGGAUUUACAACUGUCAGCAGUGUUUAAGCGGUAGCACAGCCGUAGGGAUGGGGGAAUGUGGAGCCUCUGGAGGAGUUCUUGUAAUGUGGUCUGAAGGCCACACGUAGUCUGUGGUGCUGCUUUAUGAGUCUGAAAAAGGUCUGUUUUUUCCUGUUUGCUUUUGGUAGAGCCAGCUUGUGGCUCUAAACGUACAGCCUUGGGGUCCCUCUAGUUAUAUGAGGACUGGUGUGGAAGCUGUAAGCCCUGUAAUUGAUUCCAGACCUUAUUCUUGAGGAGCUGUACAGUCGUGGCUUCAGGCGCAAGCUGCUUCCCCCAGACAGUGAAGCAGGGCCUGCUGCAGGUGUGCCAGGACAGCAUGCUGCCCAGAGCCUGGUGCCUGUGUGCUGUCUGCAUUGGCUGCAGAGCCAGGUGGUGUGCCCAGUUUGAGCUCCAGAGGUCCAAGCAGCAGAGACCAGUCAGAAAAUCUCCUUGGGGCUGAAGGGACUGGUGGCCUGGACUCUGAGCAUCCUGUAAGACUUGUGGCAAGAUGCCAUGUCACAACAAGAAAAAAGUAGCACAUUCAACACCCAAUGAUAAGAUGUCGUUUACCCUGUGUCGUUCCUUGCACUUAUGUGGCCCUUGAUGGAUACACCCUUGGCUGCUUGAUUCAAAACCAAGCUGCACGUCGAUAUGUAAUCCAGGAUCCUAUCUCUGGGCUAUACUCACUCUUGGGUUCAGACUUUCUUCAUCUUCCUUCUUCCUCACCUUUUCCCUCCUGAGAUAAGCAGUAGUUCUUAUUGGCCGUGUGUCCCAUCCCAAAGCUCCUGACUGCUUUGAAUGGAAUAGGAGAACACGGAGCCUGCAUUACUAUGUUCUUUAUAUAGUCUAUCAUUUCAAAACAUUAAACGACUUCCAGGCAUUACAGCAGUUUGAUUAACUCUGUAACUUUUUGCACUGAAGUGCAGCUACUGCUGUGUGGAAUGCUGGGUGGUGUCAACCCUGCAAGAACACUUCAUGAUAAGCUAUAGAGGACCUAGCUAGACGUGUGGAUCCUUUAAGAGCUCUGCCAGCUGCUGCAGGAUGCUGUAUGUUCAAGUUUCACUUGAGCUAUAAAGCUUCCUGGAAACUUGCAGUCAUUAAAACUAACGUCAGGAGCUUGCAACACAGUGCAGAAGUGAGGGCUGUGGUCUCCUCCAGAUGACGUGGAGCUAGCCCUGUUGUGCUUCAGAGAAACAUUCUGAGUAUGAAGCUUAUAAAAGGAUCUGUGCCUCUCUUGUGGGUUUUUCACUUUCUCUAUCUAGCAGAGUUACUGUUGGGAUUGAUGAAGAGACUCCAACCGUCAUGUUAAGGUAAAGCAGAAAAGUGCAGUGCUGAACAUGCUAAAGAAGUUGGACAAAAUAAGGUUCAGAGGUCACAAGAGAGAUGAGUUCCUUGAUUUAGCAGAGUCUCCAAAUGCUUCUGACACUGAAUGUGGAGAUGAAAUCCCAGUGAAAAUACCUCGAACAUCACCCCGAGACAAUGAAGAGCUGAGAGACCCUGCUGGUCCAGGGACCAUCAUCAUGGCUUCAGGAGUCCAGGAUUUUAACAGAACGGAGUCUGACAGACUGAAUGAAAUCAAAGGUCACCUGGAAAUAGCCUUACUGGAAAAACACUUUUUGCAGGAGGAACUCAGGAAGCUGAGAGAAGAAACGAAUGCUGAAACAUUAAGGCAAGAGCUAGAGAAGGAACGACAGAGGAGGCUAGAACUAGAACAAAAAGUCAAUGAAGUACUUAAAGCAAGAGCUGAAGAGGUGUCUGCAGCUCAACAACCUGCGAAGCCACAGACACAGGCCAAUGGAGCAGAUAAACGAAGUCACACAGUAUGUUCAAGACUCCAGAAAUGGUUUUGUGACAAAUUUGGGGAAUAUGUUGAGGACUUCAGAUUUCAACCAGAGGAGAACACAGUGGAAACAGAGGAGCCACUUAGUGCUAGAAGGUUGACUGAAAAUAUGAGAAGAUUAAAGAGAGGUGCCAAACCCGUUACUAAUUUUGUGAAGAACCUUUCUGCCUUAUCAGACUGGUAUUCUAUCUACACUUCUGCUAUUGCCUUUAUUAUUUACAUGAAUGCUGUAUGGCAUGGCUGGGCCAUUCCUAUGUUCUUAUUUUUAGCAAUUUUGAGGUUGUCCCUAAAUUACCUCAUAGCCAGGGGUUGGAGAAUACAGUGGAGCAUUGUGCCUGAAGUUUCUGAACCUGUGGAACCUCCAAAAGAGGAUCUGACUGUGUCUGAAAAGUUUCAGCUUGUUCUAGAUGUGGCUCAGAAGGCGCAGAAUCUGUUUGGGAAGAUGGCAGACAUACUGGAAAAAAUUAAAAACUUGUUCAUGUGGGUCCAACCAGAAAUAACACAGAAGCUCUACAUCGUUCUAUGGGCUGCUUUUAUUGCAUCCUGCUUUUUGCCCUACAGGAUUAUUGGACUUGCAAUGGGACUCUAUGCUGGAAUCAAGUUUUUCCUUAUUGAUUUCAUCUUCAAACGAUGCCCCAGACUAAGAGCUAAGUAUGACACUCCUUAUAUCAUCUGGACAAGUCUCCCAACAGAUCCUCAACUCAAAGAAAGAUCUAAUGCUACGGUGUCGAGACGAGCAUCGUUGUAUUACGGUUACCCUAAAAGCUGGAUGCUGUCAGGGCAUGAAAAGCUUCAAACGGCAGCGUCCAGAAGUUACGUGGGCUCAAAUGCCCCAACUGGAAUAAACAAAGAUGAAGACACGAGUCGCUUCCAUACCACCAAGAGGGGGAAUUUCCAUGAAGUUUUUAACCUGUCAGAAAACGAGCGUCCUUUGGCAGUGUGUGAAAAUGGCUGGCGUUGUUGCUUGAUUAAUAGAGAUAGGAAGAUGCCUACAGACUACAUCAGAAAUGGAAUUCUUUACGUCACAGAAAAUUACUUGUGCUUUGAAAGCUCCAAAUCAGGCUCCUCUAAAAGAAAUAAAGUUAUAAAGCUAACGGAUAUAACAGAUAUUCAGAAGUACAAAGUGCUCUCUGUUCUCCCGGGAUCAGGGAUGGGUAUUGCUGUAUCAACACCAUCUACACAAAAACCUUUGGUGUUUGGUGCUAUGGUACACAGAGAUGAAGCUUUUGAGACGAUUUUCAACCAGUAUGUGAAAAUAACCUCCGCAUCAUCGAACAGUGAGAGCUAGUAUCUUAUCUUAGGAAACCUAAAGGAAACUUUCUUAUUUUACAAUUUGGUAGUGAAAAAAAAAAAUGAACAUCCUCAUCUAUUUUGCAAUAAUUUUUCUUGUCUGGUGGUUUAUAUUCUAUCUGUUACAUAAAUCAAGUGUAUUUUAUAUAUGCCUUCAUGUUUGUUUUUAAGGUUUUUGUAAAAAAAAAAAAAAAAAUUGUAAAAAACCCACAAAAAAAAAAAACACAACCAAAAUGAAGCAAAACAGUGGAAGUGCUAUCAUCACUAUUAGCCUUGUACAUUAAGCACUUUUAAUGUUUAUUUACUGAGAUGAGUAGCUCGAAAGACGCUAGGAGAAGUGACUGAAUAAUGGACUGAAACAGACUGAUCCCUUUUAACUGCACUUAAAUCACUGGGGAUACGUUGGCCCCAUUAUCUCAGUUAUUUUUUCCCCAAGAUGUGAGAACGACAACUGCAAUAUCCUGAAAUCUGUUUCUUCAGCUUUAAGUUUUUAAUUGGGUUCUAUAUUAAAACUGGUGGCGACACCAAGGAAGCAUUACCAUCUUAGUAUUUCCAUAUUUGUAACUGCACUUAAAAUAACUCCUUGCUAAACCUUGCAUCGAAGAAUGUUAUUUUCCAGUUGGCUUAGGAUCAGUUUUUUUCUGCGUACAGAGAUCUAAAUUGUUUGUACAGUGAAUUGGAGGAAAACGUUUCUAGCUAUAUCUUCCUUUCCUGAUUCACCAAAGUAAGAGGAAGGAAGGCAGGCAGAUACUUUUUAUAAAAGAGGGCAUCAAAACGUUGUUCCUAAAAUGUUAGGCAUCGUAUAUUUGUAUUUCUGUAGAUACUUGUCAUAGAAGGGCUCAACUGUUGUACAUGUUGUAUGUACAAGGUGUUUGUAUGUUAUUGCAUCAAAGACUUGUGGGCUUUUUGUGUUGGGGAGCUGGGAGUCGUUAAACUAAACUGCAACAUGGCCGUUUUUUAAUUUGGCUUUUCUCUAGAGUUACCUUAUAAUAACACUACGAGAUAGCAACUGAAAGCACUAUUUCCUUCUCAGAAUGUCAUUUGAGGGGCAUUGCAAUGUCACUGUGUUUCCACUCGUGGAAUUAAAUUGUACUAACAGUUAAACCCAAUUGCCAGGUGAAACAGGAAGGCUGUGCUCCUUCUCUAAACCCUCUCAGGCCUUUCUGGUAGCAAAGCACAUAUUGACCUUCAACUUUAGUACAGUAAGCUUUUAUAUUCUAUACAAUAGCACCCGUCUGAGAGGUUUAGAAUUCUAUUUGCAUUUUUCUUGAAGCACAGUAGGAGUUACGCUAAGCCUUCCAGUUUGUCUGUUCCUUCUCUGUGUCUUUUGAGUUGAGUAGUGCGAUGUCUCCAGGUGUUAUAUGGAGGACCCCAAAAAAGUAAUGGAAAUGCAAAUCCUUGUAUAAAAAAUAGGACUUAGUUUCACAGAUUUUUUUUUUAACAGGGAUUUUUCUUUCUUUACAUGGGGAAAAAGAUAGAAUGAAGGAGUGGCAGAGCCAAACACCAAAGGAUCUUUAACACUUAGCACAGUUUUUACUUAAAGUAACUUAAAUGCAGCAGUACUGAAGGAGGCAGUUAAACUGUACAAAACUAUUUCAGUCUGGCUGUGAAGAGGUAUGAUGCAAAGAACCUAAAGUACACCUGAUAUGAAGAAAUACUGUCGAAUACUGUGAUUUGGUUGGGUGUUGUGAAGUAAAACACUGACUGUGGUAAAGCACCAUGCCCUGGAUGGAACUGUGAACAGAAACAGGAGACAAUCCACAAGGGCUGGGAUGUCAUUGUGGAGAUCUCUUGAGCUUUGCAACCAGGAAAAGGGGUGCAUUUCUAAUGCUGCCCAUGUGUGUACAUCAGGACCUGAAAGCUUAACGUGUAAGUGAGGCCGGGUAGGCAUUCCAUUUUGCCACCAUCUAACAUGGAUGUAGCUUGGCAGUUCGUGGUUUCUUCGCUUGACAUAGGCAGAUUUUAUGUUUAAAUUCCUUGAACUUAAUUUUCUUCUUCAAACCUGCUUUAAAAUCAGUCAAUCUUUUUGUAAUUGUUUUGUAUCGUCGUUUGACUUUCCUUCCUAGAAGCUUCCCUGAAUAGUGAGUGUGGCUAAUAGGCAUUAAAAUCGCUUAAUGUUAUAUAAAUCUUAACCAGAUUCAUUCAUUUUGUCUUAAGGAAGAAACCCCUUGGGUGUGUUCAAAGCUAUUGGUUUUUGGUUCUUUUUUUUUUUGUUGUUGAAGAAACAGAAAACUAUAUUUUUUACAGAGAGCAUGCUCUUUUUCUUAUUUUUGUAUCAUUUUUUCAAGUGUAAUUUAUACCUUCACUCUGAUCAUAACAGCAGUUUCAAUAGGAAAUCAGUUGACUGACACUUGUUACUUCCCUCACACCCCCAUCACUGGUUGACCCUGGUUUAUAGGGUUGUCCAGGAUUCUGGUUCCUGAAGGAGCUGUAGGUCCUGUGCUUGUGGUGCCAGGGUGGUUCAACACGCCUGGGCUUCAGAGCAGGAGAAAAGAGAUGACGAUCCUUUCUCCCAGCCUGAAAUGCCUCAUGUACAAUAUGCUCUUAAUUUUAUUUUCUUUCUGGACAAAGGAAUUAAAAAACUUUUUACAAAAUCUGAUGUGUUGGCAUUCAGAAUCAGUGCACGUUUUAACAGUGUGAAUUUGAAAACGAGCAAUUCCUUAAGCAGUAAACCUAGGGCAAACUGCAAUGCAACACCAUUUCAUUCUAAUGUGUAGAAAACAGACUGGAUUUUUGUAGGAGCUGUAAUAUAGCGGACGUCUAUGUACAUAUUUUGCAAAGUUCACUUUACAUGAGGUUGUCCAGGUUCCUGCUGUGCAACGGCGUUGUGCGUUACAGAACAUCACUGCUGCUCCAAGGUACCCUCAGUGUGUUUACUUCUGAGUACUCCUGUGCUCGUUCCUCUGCUGCAUCCUUGUAUGCUUGGAGGGCAGCAGGGGCAGGACAGUGAGUAAAUGUAUACUUGAUUUGUACAAUUACACUCAAAUUAACCUUAAACUCCACUUGUCCUACGUAACUUUGCAGUGUAACCUGCUUUGCUUCAUUAGCAGGCUGGGUAGUACCACUUAAUGUGAAGUGUUACUUUCUAAUAGCAGAAAGUGAUGUUCUUGUCAUUCUGUUUGCUGUUUAUAUUUGCAGUUCUGUUGAUGUGUGCGGUUCGCUGCUGUUGGAUUUAACUUCUUUUAGCAGAAGUGCAUUGGUUAGUUUGAGUCCCUUUUAAAGGAAGAAAAAAAGGGAGAUGAAAACUGACUACUUCAGUUACUUAUUGGUGACCGUUUCAAUUCAGAAGGAAAAAAAAAAAAAGCUGAAAUAUGAAAUCAUGCCUUUCCAUACACUGUGGCUUUUGUGAGGCAAGAUUGAAUGAAACAAGCUAUUUCUAAGUAGCAGCAUCACACGGGAAGCCAGCAGCAAAACCCCACUGUUGUUCCUGCAGGCAAAGAAGAACGGAGAUUUCACCCAAUCCUGAGGAGAUGAAAGGAUGUACUUUUUUUUGGCUACUUAAACUUGUAUGAAAAACACUGGUAGUUUUUAUUGAAUUCUGUACAUUUUGGCAGAUGUUUAAUUUCUACUACUAAUCAUUGAAAUAUAAUGGAUGUUAAAAUUUUUAUGUCUGAAGUUUGAGUCUAUAUUUUGAAGUUGUAAAUAACUCAUUAUCAGUGUAACUUUUGUUUGACAAAAGACUUAUACUGUACGAAAAAUUGAGAUAAUGAAAUGAUUUGCCCUGUACAUUUUUUAAGAAAAUGUUGUUUGUUUAAAAAGUCUUGUAUAAAUUAUAAUUUUUAUUUAAAUAAACAUAUAAAUGCUUUGUGCUAA